AGACGUGGGCCAACCGUAUUCAGAGAUGGCAGUGUUCCUGUCAAAGAGAACGCUCCCCGCGCGCGUGUUUUGACUUAUUUUCGUCAAACGUACGCCAUAUUGUUUUAUUGUGUUCAAUAAUCAACAUUUCACUACAGAAAUUUCACUUAUUUGAAAUCUUCUAAUAACACGGUAGAGUGCGUCAAUGAUUACGCCAUAGCAUUGUGAUUAAAAAAAAUAUUCUCAAUUACGUAGUGUUUAUGUUCUCUGGUAAAUAUUGAAGGUUUUACUAUUUUUUAUCUGUGAAUUAGAAAAAAGGAAAAACAAAUUGUUUUUGUUAUGUACAUACUUAUUAAAUAUUAGGAUUAUGUAUUUGUGUGGUGAUCAAUAAAGUUAAAAGUUUAAAAAUUUCUAAAACAAAAAUAAAUAAAUCCUUAUAUAAUUUUAAUUAACAUAAAUUGCGAUAUGAGAAGUGUCUAAAAAUACGACGUUGAAAAAUAACUGUUUCUGUACCGCGUUGUUUAAAAUUAGUGCAAUGGCUACGCUGAAAGUUAAAAUAAGAAUGCAUAAAAAUUAACAAUUACAUCGUCCGAAAUGUAAGCGAUUAGUGGUUUUGUGAAGUGUAUACGUGGAUAUUUCUUUGUCUUUUGGAUUACAUUGGAUAUGGAGAAACCGUCAUAUAAGCUGCUGGGUUCUCCAUGCGGCCAGCACGGACAGUACACAUUCUACAAGGCGAUCAGGUUGACCGGGAAACGGGAGAGGAUCGUCGCUAUCGGCGACUUCUUCUUCGUGAGGAUAUGGCAGGACUCCGAGCUGGUGUCCAUUGGUGAACUGCAGCUGCUCUGGACGGACCGCGUCUCCGACCAGACCCUGGUCAGCCUUCGGUUGUACUUCUUGCCCGAGAACACGCCCGACGGCCGCGGCCAACAUGGAGAGGAUGAGGUGCUCGCAAUCAACGAUAAGGUAGUGGUCCGUGCGGAGGACCUGCUGAGCUGGGUGUGCGAAGGCACUGGUUGGCGGUGGGGACUCCGAGCGGUUUGGAGGGGAGCCUGCGCCCCGCCUGCGGACCCUCGGCUCACCGCGCCGCUCCAUCAUACGAAGCUGGACUUCAGCGAUAUAGAACGGGAGAAAAAUGCAAUUAGUAAGUUCUGUGUAUAAACCAUUUUGCUAUGCAAUAAAUAAUAAAUAUUAAAUAAAUAAUAAUGAAAUUAUUAUUUAUUAAUUCGACAAAAAAUGAGAUUGACUUCAUUAUGACGACCAGACGACAACUGUUCAGUGAUGUCUCCGUGAUCGCGAGGGUGAAAACUGGUAGCGAUCACCGAAUGGUUAGAGGCACACUGAACCUAAACGUUAAGGUGGAGAGGUCUCGUCUAAUGAAGUCAACGCUCCGUCCCCCUCGUGCUCUGUUCCAAAGUCCUGAAACCUUUCAGCUCGAGUUACAAAACCGUUUUCAGUGCCUAGAAGACUGCAAUGAAGUGGACGAUAUGAAUGACAAGCUCGUGGAAACUGUCCAUGCGGUCGGAGCUAAGUUCUGCAAGACCCGCCGCAGAAGAACACAAAAACUCUCCGAUCACACUCUUAAUCUCAUGGCUGUUAGGCGGGAGAUGAAGCUACAUUCUUCAACAGACUUGACAGCAUACAGGCAUCUGAACAGACAGAUCUCCAAAUGCAUGCGGCGGGACUUACGCAACUUCAAUACAGCUCGUAUUGAAGAAGCGAUCGAGCGGAACCAAGGCUCCAAAGUCUUUGCCAGAGAUCUGUCUGCCAGAAAGAGCCACCUGUCAAAGCUGAAGACAGAAUGUGGCAGCAUCGUUUCCGGGACACCUGAGAUUUUGAGUGAGAUUGAGAGGUUCUAUGGGCAGCUGUACACGUCAUCGUUGGAGCCACACGCAAGUGUGAAUAACGAUCCAAGAGCGAGUCUCAUCCGAGACUAUUCCGAAGAUAUCCCGGACGUCAGUCUGAGCGAGAUUAGAAUGGCUCUCCAGCACCUUAAAAACGGUAAGGCCCCAGGCGAGGAUGGAAUUACAGCGGAGCUUCUGAAAGCGGGUGGAAGACCGGUACUUGAAGUCCUUCAGAAGCUCUUUAAUUCCGUCCUCCAUGGUGGCAUUACACCGGAGGCGUGGAGCAGAAGUGCGGUGGUCUUGUUCUUCAAGAAAGGUGACAACGCUCUCUUGAAGAACUACAGACCGAUUUCCCUUCUGAGCCGCGUCUACGUGCUGUUUUCGAGAGUCAUUACGAAUCGUCUCGCGCGCAGACUUGACGACUUCCAGCCUCCCGAACAAGCCGGUUUCCGAAAGGGCUUUAGCACCAUAGACCACAUACAUACCCUUCGGCAAAUUGUACAGAAGUCCGAAGAGUACAAUUUGCCACUAUGUCUGGCGUAUGUGGACUAUGAGAAAGCCUUUGAUUCCGUCGAAAUUUGGGUCCCUUCAGCGGUGCCAAGUUGACUGUCGGUAUAUCGAAGUGUUGAAGUGCUUGUACAGUAGGGCUACGAUGGCUAUCCGAGUACAGAACCAGAGUACGAAACCUAUCCAAUUGCAGAGAGGUGUAAGACAGGGUGACGUCAUAUCCCCGAAACUCUUCACCGCUGCAUUGGAAGACGUUUUCAAGCUUCUGGUCUGGAAAGGAUACGGUAUCAACAUCAAUGGCGAGUACAUCACUCACCUUCGAUUUGCCGACGAUAUAGUCCUUAUGGCAGAAUCGCUGGAGGACCUAAGCACUAUGCUCAAUGACCUCGAUAGUGUUUCCCAACGGAUAGGUCUUAAGAUGAACAUGGACAAAACAAAGAUCAUGUUCAAUGUCCAUGUCACACCUAUGCCGGUAGUUGUUGGGAGCACUAAGCUCGAAGUUGUUGACGAGUAUGUUUACCUGGGACAAAUAGUCCGACUAGGUAAGUCCAACUUCGAUCGAGAGGUCAAUCGACGGAUUCAACUCGGCUGGGCAGCGUUCGGGAAGCUACGACACAUCUUCUCGUCAGACAUACCUCAAAACCUGAAAACGAAAUUGUACAACCAGUGCGUGUUGCCAGUGAUGACUUAUGGAACUGAGACGUGGUCCUUCACUGCUGGCCGAAUGAGGAAGCUCAAGGUCGCUCAGCGAGCUAUGGAGAGGGCUAUGCUCGGAGUUUCUCUGCGUGAUAAACUUAGGAAUGAGGAUAUCCGCAGUAGAACCAGAGUAACCGAUAUAGCCCAACGGAUUAGUAAGCUGAAGUGGCAGUGGGCCGGCCAUAUAGCUCGAAGAACCGACAACCGAUGGGGAAGAAAGGUUCUCGAGUGGCAGCCUCGUACCGGUAGGCGAAGUGUAGGGCGUCCCCCCACGAAAUGGAGUGACGACCUGGUAAGACAUGCAGGAAGUCGAUGGAUGCAGGUGGCUCAGGACCGUGCUUUGUGGCAUUCUUUGGGGGAGGCCUAUGUUCAGCGGUGGACUUGUGAAGGGCUGUAAUGAUGAUGAAAUAAUAAUGAAAACUUAACUUAACUUAUCUUCACGCACAAUCCCUGACGGGGUAGCCAGAGAGAACAGAUCGCCAAGUGUCACGAUCCUUACAUACCUCUUUCGCUUCGUUCAAUAAUAAUG